AUGUUGACGAACGCAAGUAAAAAAGCUUUUUUCUUACCAUCCGCAUUGAGCACAGAAUUUUUGUCUCUACUCAAGAAUACAAGGAAGGAGGUUGUAUUGUUUCUUGAUUAUGAUGGAACGCUUACACCCAUUGUCGAUCGACCCGAAAUGGCCGUUCUCUCCAAUGAAGCAAGAGAAGCAAUUAAUAAUUUAUCACAUUAUUUCAGAAUUGCAGUUGUUUCGGGAAGAACAAGAACCGAUGUUCAGGAUCGGGUUGGUCUGCCUCAUCUCUUUUAUGCUGGUUCUCAUGGAUUUGAUAUUUCAGGGCCAGUGAAACACAUUCGACAUGACCGUGCUGGAUUGGUUGUGCAAACACUUCUCACUCAAGAUUGUUCGUCACAAUGGACCACUCAGAAACGUGAUGAUGGAACCGAUGUGGUCACUUUUCAAGUGGCUAAAGAAUGCAUACCAGUGUUGAGAAGAAUCUAUGAAACACUCAAAGAAAGUCUUUCAGAUAUUGAGGGAUGUAUUUUGGAAAAUAAUAUAUUUUCUCUGUCUGUUCACUACAGAUUAAUUAAAGACGAAAGGGACGUGCAGCGAGUGAGUGAAAUUGUUGAAGGGAUAUGCAAAGAUGAAUCUCAAGUGGUUCACACUCAUGGUAAAAUGGUUCAUGAAAUUAGAAUCAACACGGAUUGGAAUAAGGGUAAAGCUGUUCAAUUUCUACUCAACUUUUGGAAUGUUGGAUCGAGUGAUAAGGUACUUUCAGUAUAUAUCGGUGAUGACAAGACCGAUGAAGAUGCAUUCAAAGUCUUGAAAGACCAUGAUUUAGGAGUGGGAGUACUAGUCUCGCCGACCAACGUGGAACGAUUUGAAGCUGUCCUCACUCAAGACGAUAGUGCAAGUGUACCAAGCGUGCCAGGAGACGGCACCAUCGCAGCAGCUCCCAAUGCAAAUCCUCAAUUCCUUACUUAUGCCAAGUAUCAUUUAAAGGAUCCAAAAAUGGUGGUUGAAUUUCUUCAAACAUUGUUAAAGGAAUGGAAAGAAUAG